AUGCCUUCCACCUCCAAAAUGAUGCUCACCCUCGCCCUCCUCACGGUCGCCUACGCUCUCCCUACACCCCAACUCGCAGGCGAAGGUGCAGCUGCCAAUUCCCUCCUCUCAUCCACCGACAACGGUCUUGACACUAUCGACGGGCAGUCCACCAGCGGCGCGGCAGACCUCGGCGCUCAGGUUGGUAACGCUGAAGCGAGCACGUUGGAGGCUGUCGGCAGUGCGAUUCCCAAGCGCCAGCUUGAUAAGAUCAGCAAUGGUGCGCAGACGCUGAGCAAUGCCGCUGGGACGGGGGCUGCCACGUCGACUAUCACGACAGGAUUGGAUUCCAUCGAUGGCAUCUUGACUAGUGGGGCGGCGAACACAGGUGCGGAUCUUGGAAAUACUGAGGCGGGUACACUUGAGGCUGCAGGCAGCUCCGUGCCUACUUCUCUUCGGAUUUGAUGGCCAUCUAAUGAUUUGAGGUGUGGGAAUGUGGACAAUGUGAGAUUCGCUUCUUGUAUCUUAGUUCUUGUUUUUGGGAUUUUGUGGACGGUUUUGACUUGGUUGACUUCAGCGUUGAGCUUGGUAUCUUUUGCAUGGAUGGUAUUUAUUAGGAGGGAUUUUAAAUUUCAGCUAGGUGGAAAAGCUAUGAUUGGUGG